UCCAACAAUGGCUGCAGUGUUAUGGGUAUUGGCUUUAGCUAGCCUCUGCUACCCGCUAGCCACAAUCAAUGCCCAAGCACCAACAGGUACACCCUCCAAUUGGCAACCUUCAACCCCUUCAGCACCCUCCAAUUUGCCAACCACAACCCCAAAUGCACUUUCUACAUUGCCAACAACAACCACAUAUGCACCAUCUACAUUGCCCUCCACAACCCCAAAUGCACCAUCUACAUUGCCAACAACCACGCCAAAUGCACCCUCUACAUUGCCCUCCACAACCCCAGUUGCACCCUCAACAUUGCCAACCACAACUCCAAAUGCACCCUCAACAUUGCCAACUACAAAUCCAACUGCACCCUCAACAUUGCCAACAGCAACUUCCCCCUCUUCUAGCAAACCAUCAGUAGCCAAACAACAACCCGUUGUGGCUGCAACUCCUUCCACCUCAAAGAAACCACCAACAGCAGCAACUUCUCCCACUUCUACUCCAACAACAACAGCUGCACCCUCCAAAUUGCCAACUGCAGCUUCCCCCACUUCUAGCAAAACACCAAUCACCACUCAGGCUCCUGUGAAUUCACCAGUUCCAAAAGCCACAUCUCCAACAUCAUCUGCUCCUGUGAAAUCACCAGUUCCUAAAACCACAUCUCCAACAUCAUAUGUUCCUGUGAAGUCACCAGUUCCAAAAGCUACAUCUCCAACAACAUCUGCUCCUGUGAAAUCACCACUUCCAAAAGCUACAUCUCCAACAAUAUCUGCUCCUGUGAAAUCACCACUUCCAAAAGCUACGUCUCCAACUACAUCUGCUCCUGUGAAAUCACCACUUCCAAAAGCUACAUCUCCAACAACAUCUGCUCCAGUGAAAUCACCACUUCCAAAAGCUACAUCUCCAACAACAUCUGCUCCAGUGAAAUCACCACUUCCAAAAGCUACAUCUCCAACAACAUCUGCUCCUGUUAAAUUACCAGUGCCCAAAGUUACAACUCCAACUUCUGCUCCUGUGAAAUUACCUGAUACCAAGCCUUUACCACCAUCAUCUGCUCCAGUUAAAUUACCAGUUCCCAAGGCUUUACCACCAACCUCCACUCCACUGAAACCACCAGUUCCCAAAACUACACCUCCAAAAAUAGCUCCGGUGAAACCACCUGUUCCCAAAACUUUGCCUCCAAAAAUUGCUCCUGUGAAGCCACCAGUCCCCAAGGUUACACCAGCAUUAAGUCCAAAACCCCCAUCCCCCAAAAUCCCACCCAAGAAAGCUCCCAUUUCACCCCCUCCACUGCCAUUACCACCAGCUGAUGCACCACCAUUGCCUACUCCAAAAGUAUCCCCAACACCAUCCAAAGCACCAACACCAGCCAAAGAAACACCAGCACCAGCACCUGCACACAAAAAGAAAGCACCAAAAUCAUCACCUGUUCCCUCACCACUAAGUAACACACCGACACCAGCACCAACGCCAGCGAUUGAAACGCCAACACCAGCACCAGCACCUGAAGAUGACACGCCACCCCCCCCUCCCCACAGGCACAGGAGAAGAAGACACAAGCACAAGCACAAGCACGAGAGACACCAUGCACUUUCUCUGGCUCCAGCACCUACAACUAUUAUUCGGAGAAGUCCCCCAGCACCACUUGCUGACGAUAUUGCUACAACCGAUUCAGAAGAGACACCAUCACCAGCACCAAGUCCCAAUGCGAAUGGUGCACACUCAUACUAUAGGCAAGGGAAUAUGUGGCCAAGUAUUAAUAUUGGACUCGCUAUUGCCAUUUUGUUAUCUGUCAUCGCUUGACACUUGCAACAGCUGCUAUAGAAGUCUCAUAUGAAGAACAUGGAUUCACUCUAAUUAAGCGGUGGUUUGGUUUGCAAAACAUAUAAAAUCAGUUAAAUGUAUAAAACUGAAUAACGAAAAGUUAUAUUUAUCCAUAUUUUUUUAUUUAUUUUAUUUCGUUCUUUCUUAAUUUGUAUUGUGAUCUUUGCUCAAAAAUAUUAAUGAUACGAGUUUUUGAAUUGUUGAAACAAC